GGGAUUGACAACUGGUUCAGAAGAGCCGUGUGAGUGGCGCAGCUAUUUGGGAGAGAGAUGGGUUCGGUGGGGGAGCUACAACAUCGAGCGGCGGAAUGGCUUAUCCUACUGGAAGAGUGAUGCAAGCAACUGCGGAUGAUAGUUGGGGUGCUCAUGCUGCAGCGGCAAGAGGAGGGGGAGAUCGAUGGGGGGGCGAUCUCUAUGGAACAGUGGUUGGAAGACAGGACCCUGGAGAUGCUAGACAUCAUGUGGGAGCUGGAGGAGGGGCCGAAUCCCCGGCUCGAGGCCUACAUCGACUGGAGGCGAGCGGAUGAUAGGAUGGGUGUCUGCAAAAUCCUCUUUACAAUGGGUCGCAAUCUGCGCAAUCAGCUGGAGAAUCGGCAGGGAACGGGCGAGAUGGGUGACAAGGGCGACAAGGACGACUGGUGCGAGGGCGGAUUUGAGGCCGGGGAAGAUAAUUGCGGCGACAACACCAACAACAGCAAGCAUAGCAACAACAACAACAACAUUAAUAACACUGGCAUCAAGGAUAUUGUCAAAAAUGAUGGCGACAACAACAACAAUAACAAUGAUGACGACCGCAACAACAAUAACAUCAACAACAACAACAACAACAACAACAAUAACAACAACAACAACAACAACAACAACAACAACAACAACAACAACAACAACAAUGGCGAUGACUGCGGCAGCGACGACCACGACAGCAGUGGGGUGGAGAACGGUGCCCGUGCAUCUCAGAUCAUCAUCAGCAUGAUGGGAGAGAUGCCGCAAGCGGAUGCGGUGGGAAUUGGGGCUGACAACAACAACAACGACAACAACAAUGGCGAUGGCGGCAGCGACAACCAUGGCAACAGCAACAACAACAACAACAACAACAACAACAACAACAACAACAACAACAAUAACAAUGACGAUGGCGGCAGCGACGUCCACGGCAACAGCAGGGUUGAGAGCGGUGUCUGGGCAUCUAAGAUCAUCAUCAACAUGAUGGGAGAGAUGCCGCAAGCGGACGUGGUGGGGAUUGGGGAUGCCAACAACAACAACAAUGAUGAUGGCGGCAGCGACGACGACGGCCACAGUGACGACCACGACAACAGCGGGGCAGAGAGAAUCAACAUGAUGGGAGAGAUGCCGCAUGCCGACGUGGCGGGGAUUGGGGUUGACACGGAUAAGAGGCUUACCAUCUUUCCCCCCUUCCCCACCUUCAACCUCAUUGUCUGGCUGAGGAUAGGAGUAGGAUAGUCCAUGUUGAUUGGUGUGGCCGGGCCCGCAAUAUCAAUCAACAACGGGGUGCUGAUGGCCCUGUAGGAUGGAGGUGGGCUGGUUAGGGACUAGUAUGCAGGUGGUCAAUCCUCCCCUGCGCAGGGAAGUAAUCAAUGCCCCUGCUCUCUUCUGACAAUGGGUAAUGGAAGUUGCACUCGCCGUCCAGAUCACACAUAUUACAUCAUUGAUAAGGAUCACACACAUCAUCUCUUUGUUAGGGUUUCGGGCUAUUGCAUAAAGGAAGCUGGACUCAACAUCCAGAGCACACAUAUUAUAUCACUGAUAGAGAUACGUGCUUAGUCUUGAUUGAUAAAGAUCAUACACAUCA